AUGAAGUUCUCCAUUCUCGCGCUCGGGAGCGCCAUCUCUGUCAACGCCGCUGUGCUGGGCCAGCGAGCAACAUACGCCGUCGUCGGAAAGCCCGAGGGAUUCGCAACGGGCGUCACUGGAGGAGGCAGCGCCGCAUGCCAGAUCCCAUCCGGCAUCGCCCAGUUGAAGUCCUGGCUCGCUGACAGCACGGCCCGCUGCAUCGUGCUCGACAAGGAGUUCAACUUCAAGGGCAGCGAGGGAACGACCAAGGAGAAGGGCUGCCGGCCGGCCUCGAACAAGUGCCCCGGAAACGGAGGCCAGGACGCCAUCAACAAGGCCAGCUGGUGCACCAACGGCAACGCUGGCGCCGGCGUCACCACCAUCGACGUCACCUACGACACCGCCGGUGUCUCUGGCCUCCUCGUCGGAUCCAACAAGUCCCUCAUCGGCGUGGGAGCCAAGGGCGUCAUCCGCGGAAAGGGCCUCCGCAUCGCCAACGGCGCGAAGAACGUCAUCAUCCAGAACAUCCACAUCACCGAGCUCAACCCUCAGUACAUCUGGGGUGGUGAUGCCAUCGCCGUCGACGGCUCUGACCUCGUCUGGGUCGACCACUGCAAGUUCUCCCUGAUCGGCCGCCAAAUGUUCGUCCUCGGCAACGGCGCCUCCAACCGCGUCACGCUCUCCAACAACGAGUUCGACGGCAACACCAAGUGGUCGGCCACCUGCGACGGCCGCCACUACUGGGGCAUCUACCUCACCGGCUCCUCCGACCUCGUCACCAUGAAGGGCAACUACAUCCACCACACCUCCGGCCGCAGCCCCAAGAUCGGCGGCAACACGCUCGUCCACGCGGUCAACAACUACUUCCACGACAACACGGGCCACGCAUUCGACAACGGCGCCUCCGGCGGCAAGGUCGUCGCCGAGGGCAACGUCUUCCAGAACGUCAAGACACCUCUCCUCGAGAACAAGGGCCAGUUCUUCGGGUCGCCUUCCACGGGCGCGAAUGCCGUCUGCUCGGCUAACUUGGGACAUGCUUGCGUGCUCAACUCGUUCGGAAGCAGUGGCGCGCUUGGCGGUACUGAUACCGGGUUCUUGUCGAACUUUAAGGGUAAGACGAUUGCGAAGGCGAGCGCGGCUAGCACGAGCGUUGCUAGCACCGCUGGUGUUGGUAAGAUCUAA